UGGCAUAAAAAACAUGCAACCUGGACACCGUUUCUUUGUAUUAGAUAAAUGAUAAACCCAGGUUUGUAGAUAGUACUCAGCUUAAAAUUUAACAUGCAACUCUCUUGCUUACACAACUGACUGACCAGUCUUGUAGAUUACUGUACACUGGAAAUUGAGAAAGAGGAUCUUCUGCAACUCUGGAAGUCCUGAUUCAAACACCAGCUGCCCAAGGCUCCCAAUUGUGAUGGCACUUUCCUGGAUCACAGUCAUUGGCAUAUUUGCACUUUCUUCCAUUUAUUGCAUUCUUUCUCAUCCUGAUCCAGAAACAUGGUUUCAAGACCUCUUCCCACUUAAGGUGUGUCCUGCCAAUACCAGUGUGAAAACUUUUUAUGGCAUCAUGUUUGAUGCAGGAAGUACAGGGACACGUAUUCAUAUUUACACCUUUAUACAGAGAAGCCCAGAAAAUCCUGCAGAGUUAGAAGGGGAAAUCUUUGAAUCAGUGAAGCCAGGUCUCUCUGCAUAUGCUGACCGGCCUGAGAAGGGAGCAGAAACGGUCAGACAAUUGCUAAACAUGGCCAAAGAGGUUGUGCCAUCCAGCCAUUGGGAGACGACCCCAGUGGUGCUGAAAGCCACAGCUGGCCUGCGGUUGUUAGCUGAGCACAAAGCCGAGGCUCUUCUCUCAGAGGUUAGGGCAGUCUUUGAGGAAUCACCUUUUCUAGUUCCUGAUAAUUGUGUUAGCAUCAUGGACGGAACAUCUGAAGGUAUUCUAGCCUGGAUCACUGUGAAUUUUUUAACAGGUCAGUUGUAUGGCCAGAACCCGCAGACAGUGGGGACCUUGGAUUUGGGAGGAGCUUCAACCCAGAUCACGUUCUUGCCACAGUUGGAGGAAACCCUGGAGCAAACACCUGCGGAUUUCUUUACCUCAUUUCAAAUGUUCAACAGCACUUUUAAACUCUAUACGCACAGCUAUCUGGGAUUUGGACUGAAAGCUGCAAGACUAGCAACUUUGGGUGCCUUGGAAAUGGAAGCAGAUGGACAGAUGUUCCGGAGUUCCUGUUUACCAAAACAGCUGGAAGCAGAGUGGCACUUUGGGGGAGUAAAAUACCGAUAUGGUGGCAAGAAAGAAGGAAAAACAGGAUUUGAACCUUGCUAUUCUGAAGUGUUGCGGGUUGUACAAGGCAAACUUCAUCAAGCAGAUGAGAUUCAGAGAAGCUCCUUCUAUGCCUUUUCCUACUAUUAUGAUCGGGCUGUGGACACUGACUUGAUAGAUUAUGAAAAAGGUGGAGUUUUGCAAGUGAGAGACUUCGAAAGAAAAGCCAAAGAAGUAUGUGACAAUCUGGAUAACUACCGCUCCGCCAGCCCAUUUUUGUGUAUGGACCUCAGUUACAUUACAGCCUUACUAAAGGAAGGCUUUGGAUUUGGCGAUAACACAGUUUUGCAGCUGGCAAAGAAAGUAAACAAAAUAGAAACAGGCUGGGCUCUAGGUGCUACAUUUCAUCUUCUACAAUCCCUGGGACUGUCACAGUAAGAAGAUAUUGCCUGGAGGAUGUUUAAUUUUCUUAAAACAAGGAAAAUCUUUUAUAUAUAUAUAAAAGUACAGUGAAGCACAGACCAAAGGAGAAGCAUCGGUUACCUUAAGGAGCAGAUUCUGAGCUGCCAUGAAACAGGGCCUUCUAUCUACAGAAAUAAGUGAUCCAUGAUUUCAUUGCUUAAUGGAUGCCCACAGGGCAUUAAAAUAGAUCCUGUAUAAAGUGUCCAGCAUUUAUUUGGCCAUAAGCCAUCAGAACAGUGGUCUUGCUCCACACUUUUUAAAAGAAUAGGCCUUUUUAUCCAUAAAGCAGAUUUGAAGUGAACUUAAACCAGUAAGUUGUUUUAAAACAUCAUAACUAGAGUAUAUUUACUUUUCACAUCAACUGUUUGAGAUUCAAAUAGCUGUUUUUGCAAUUAGCUGGUCCUUAAACAUGCAAAAAAUGCAAUUCUGAUUGAACUUUAAGAUAAUUAGUAGCUAGGAGUAGCAACAAAGGGAAGACUCUAGGAAUUCAUACUGAAUUAUUUUGUGCACUUUUAUGUUGAUUUCUCUAAAGUUAAGAAAGAGCACAGCCUUUUCUGUAAGCAUUUUGGCCACCUUAGGAGACAAAGAAAUUUGCUGGAGAUGAAGCCACAAACAAUUUGUUCCCCACUUUAAUGAUACAAAACAUCUAGAUGCCCUUUUGAAAUAAUCAGUUAAAAGGGAAGAGCCUCUGACAUGCUUCUAAAACCACCUUUUCUAAAAAUGUGCACUUUCUUGGAAAAUGAUGAAUUUAACAGGACUCUAGCAUAGGUAUACAGGUACUCAGGCAGGUGGAUGACCUUUGGUAAACCUUUAAUAUUCCCAUUGUAGCAAAGCACCUUGUACCUCCUUAUGCUGCACAAAUGUUAAAAUGUUCAGCAGGAUUACUCAGUAAAAAUGUGUUUCAUCUUUGUAUUGUUCAGCAAUGCCAGUAAGGAUAAUUUUGCUGAAUAGCUUUGGAACAAAAAUAUUAAGACAUGCUAAUGUCAGAUGUUUGUACUUGUCAACAUUUUUGGCCAAGUGCUCUUACUGAAUAUGGAACUGGUAGUGUCUGCAUAAUACCCUGCAAUUUUAUGCAUGUGCAAUGUUGUGCCUGAAAAAAAUACAAGACAGAGCUUACCUAGACAUGCUUUCUGGUCCCUUGACCAAAGCAGGAUAGUUUGUGAAACCCUAGUGUGAACUCAUGCUCUGCAACCUCAUUUCUAAUCUCAGGCAAAAGUUUCAGUUUCUGAGCACCGCUCUUCCUAUACCAAAGUUAAUUUAUAUUUGGCAAAUUCAGGACCUUUUUUUAAAGUGCAUGUGCUUUGAUAGAUGGGUAACUUCUGCUGCUAAUUAAACGACCACUUCUGUACUCCUUCCCUACACAACACCAGUGAACCUCAUUUGCAUAAGGAGUACAAAAACAACAGGUUCUCUUC